AUGAUGGUUUUGAUUAAGUUGGUGACUUAUCUUAUUUUGAUUAUUUUAGUUUUGGUUUCUGUUGCCUUUUUUACCUUGUUGGAACGUAAAGUUUUAGGUUAUAUUCAAAUUCGUAAGGGUCCUAACAAGGUUGGAUAUGCUGGUUUACUUCAGCCUUUUGCUGACGCUGUGAAGUUAUUUACUAAAGAGCAGACUUUUCCUACUAUAAGUAAUUUUAUUCCUUAUUAUUUAUCUCCGGUUUUCAGUUUAUUUAUUGCUCUUGUUUGUUGAUGUCUUAUACCUUAUGAGCUUGGUUUGUUUUCUUUCGAGUUUGGGGUUUUAUUUUUUCUUUGCUGUACAAGGGCAAGAGUUUAUUCUACCAUGGGUGCAGGUUGAGCUUCCAAUUCUAAGUAUUCUCUUUUAGGGUGUCUUCGUGCUGUAGCUCAAACUAUUUCUUAUGAGGUAAGGUUGGCUUUAAUUUUACUUAGGAUAUUGUUUUUAGUAGGUGGGUUUGAUUUGGGAUUAUUUGAAAGUUAUCAGCGUUAUUGUUGAUUUUUUAUUUUGGGUUUUCCUUUGGCUUUACUGUGGUUUGCUUCCUGUUUAGCGGAAAGAAAUCGAACUCCGUUUGAUUUUGCAGAAGGAGAGUCUGAGUUGGUGUCUGGUUUUAAUACUGAAUAUAGAGGUGGGGGAUUUGCUCUUAUUUUUAUGGCGGAAUACGCUAGGAUUUUAUUUUUAAGUGCAUUAUUUUCAAUCAUUUUUUUAGGGAGAUGCCUUGUUUCUGUUGUUUUUUAUGUAAAAGUUAUGUUCGUGGGCUUCUGUUUUGUGUGAGUACGGGGCACUCUACCACGAUUCCGUUAUGAUAAGUUAAUGUAUUUGGCCUGGAAAAGAUUUCUUCCUGCGGCUUUAAAUUAUUGUAUUUUUUUUAUAAGGUUAAAGGUUUUUUUAGAGAUUUUAUUAAUUUAG